AUGGAACUCUUCAGUCUGCUCGCUUUGUUAAGCAUAGCAGUCACACAUUGCUCUGCAGCUUUCGACCCAACUUCAAAGAACAAUGUCGUCGUCUACUACGGACAAGGUCCGAACCAGCGCGACCUGAUUUACCAAUGCCAGCAACCCGAGAUCGAUGUCAUUGUCCUUUCAUUCGUGUAUCUGUUCCCGGCUCAGGCAAAUGGCUAUCCUGGGACAAACUUUGGUAAUCGAUGCGGUGGUCAAGUAUACCCAGGUCCUGGGUUUAACGGUGUCAACGACCCUUCGGAGAAUGAGUUGCAAUCAAACUGUCCUACUUUAAACGCCCAGAUUCCAGUAUGCCAGCAGCAGUAUGGCAAGAAGAUCUUGCUCUCGCUUGGGGGCGGCGUGACAUCAUACCAGCUCACAGGCAAAAACGAGGGCGAACUCCUGGCAACUUACCUGUGGCACAUGUUUGGACCGAAAGAUCCCAACUGGACAGGCCCCCGCCCGUUUGAUUAUAACGGACAAGCUGUUGAGGUCGAUGGAUUCGACAUGGAUAUAGAGCAUCCGUCCACAGACAAUUCGCAAGGCUAUAUUGCCCUCGUCACUCUUCUGCGUUCAUUCUACGCGACAGCGUCGAAGCAAUACUACCUGACUGGCGCUCCUCAGUGCAUCGUCCCGGAUGCUAACAUGGCUGCCAUGAUCUCCGCCGCCAAGUUUGACAUGAUCUUUGUCCAAUUCUACAACACGCCGAGUUGCUCGGCUGCGACGUGGGUGUCAAGCAACCCGUCCUACACGCCCGGUCAGACGUAUCAGCAAGCCGGAUUCACUUUUGACGCCUGGGUUCAAUGGCUAUCGAAUACCCCAAGCAGAGACGCAAAGGUGUUCAUCACCCUGCCUGCUUCCCCAGACGCCGCCAAUGCAGGGAACUACAUCACCCCUCAGCAGGCGAACAAUCUCAUUAGCGCCUACUACUGUCGGCCAUCAUUCGGAGGCGUGGCUGUGUGGGAGGCAACUCGCGGUGACAAUAACCCGUAUAACGGCAAAUCGUUCCAGGCCACGAUGAAAGUUUGGCUGCAGGGGGCUGCAGCAGACCCGCGACUUGCGAGCUGCCAAGCGCCAACAACAACAACGACACCGGCACCAGCACCGUCGUCUCCGCCGCCAAACACGCCGAACCCAUCUACCCAACCGACAACACCAGCACAGCCCAACCCCGGCGCGCCUGGUGCUUGCGGUUCUGGGAUUGGAUCCUGCGGUAGCGGAUACUGCUGCAGUGCAUACGGGUAUUGUGGGACGUCAAGUGCUUACUGCGGAACGGGUUGCCAGCCGGGCUUUGGUACAUGCAGUGGCGGCGGCAGCAGCAGUGGUGGCAGCUCCGGCGGUAGCUCCGGUGGCAGUUCCGGUGGCAGUUCCGGUGGCAGUUCCGGUGGCGGUGGCAGCAGCAGCGGCGGCGGUGGCGGCUCAGGACUGCCGGUCGCAACAGAUGGGUCCUGCGGUGCAGGCAUAGCUACUUGCCGAGGCAACGGCGCCUACCAAUGCUGCAGCAGAAAUGGGUUCUGUGGUAAUUCGGACCUCUAUUGUGGCGCUGGUUGCCAACCCAGCUAUGGCAUUUGUAGUUGA